GCGAAUUUCUGGUCUGCCCCGUAUUCUACUUUCCUCUUUAGCCCAAAGGAGUCUUUCACAGUAUGACGUCCGAGUCAUCAUUCAGCAGCUCUUCAGAACACACGGGGGAUCCUAUAUCCUGUGAAGAGAAUGACAAUGAAAUGGACGAACGAAAAUUUCUUAAGAAUUGGACAUAUUGCAUCCGUUCGGAUUUUGCUUCAUUGUCUGGUGUGCCGGCCACUUGGGAGAACGGCCAUCCAAAACACUGGGGUCAGGAAGAAGCGAAGAUCUUUCUCGACGGGGAGGCGACCACCCCUGCCAUAAGUCCAGAUAAUCAGAUAAUUGCAAUAGGAAUUGCAAAUCAAAUUCACCUAUUCCGUGUGAACACCAAGGAGCGAGUCAAUGUGUUAUAUGGACAUCCUGGAGAGGUAGUUACUGUCGCCUUUGCACCCAGCCUAGAUAAGGACUCAAUCAACAAGCCGGAUGCCCCAUGUUAUUUGUUAUCAUCACAGAGUGAAGAAGAAGGUGGAGGAAACGGGUAUAUUAUAGUAUGGGAGCUUGAUCAGUAUGGCAUGAAAAUGCCUUCCUUGAAAGAGGAACAAGAACAACAAAUUACUGCUGCAGACCAUCAGAACACCGACUUCAUGCACUGUUUCCCCGGCGAAUUGGGCUCAUUCGGGGGGGCAGUCUUCAGUCCUGACGAUAACUCCCUAGCUGCUUCCAUAUCGUGGGAUGGCACCGCGCGGAUCUGGGAUAUUCUCUCCGGCAAAUCCCUUCAUAUUAUUGGACCCUUGGACGGCCAACUUUGGUGCGGUGCCUUCUCCCCAGACUCUAAAUAUUUAGCUAUCAGCCAGGGAGGUCGCGACCUUAUUUAUAUUUACAAUAUCCCCACGGCACAGCCAGUCUCAUGUAUCAAAUUACCUACAUGGUCGCGCUCCAUGGCCUGGAGUCCGGAUGGGAGAUUUUUGGCCGGUGGGCUUCAGAUCGGUACACUUUGCCUGUGGGACCCUUACACAGGAAUAGAGAAACAGAGAUGGUCUCUGCAUUUCGAUGAUUUUAUGAUGCAGGAAUACGCAACUAUUGGAGGCGUACAGUUUAUCGGCGACAAGUUGAUCUUCCGGAUACUUGAGGGAACGGUUGAGGUAUAUAAUUUGGCUACAAAUCUCAAGCAGCAGUUUACACGGGGACCAGACACUAAGAUCAGCAGGUGUCCACGCGGGGAAAUGGUCUGCUCGAGGGAUUCCAAGCUGCUUAUUAUCCCAGAUUCUGACGGAAACUUGUUCGCAUCAUAUCCUUCGAUAGGAUUACCGAGACCAUUUAUCUCCAAUUUAUCUUCUGCGGUUAGAACUAUUGGGGGACGAAAAUUGGCACUACAGUGGUCUAACUCACGAAGCUGGAACAAUUAG